AUGUCAUCUUUGUUAAAAGAGGAGAUGCAGCGGGUUUUGUUCAGACCAAAAAAACAGAAACUGUUGGAGUUUAUAGAGAUUGAGGAGAAAAGAAGUGGACGGCAUUUCCUCUGUGUGUCCGUGUCUAAGAGCAAACAAGUCCAGAUCUCAGUGGUGCAGUGUGAGAAAGCCAAGAAAUCCAGUAAGAAAUCAAGGCGCGUUGGACUGGAAGAUCAAUAUGUGAGGACGGAGAUAUGGGAUCUUGAAGAACUGAGGAUCCUGGAUGGGAGAGACCCUGACACAGACGAUCCCUGUUUCCUGAUGCACUUCGACACGGUGCGUCCUGUGAAAGCAGUGAACUGCGCUGCGAAGUAUUGCCUGGCUCGCUGUCUGGUUGCACUUAGUGACUCACACCAGCACAGCGAGCUACAUCUACAGAACUUUGACUGGACAUACAUUAAGCCGACAUCUAUAUACUCCAACAGAGGUGACUGCAUGGUCCUAAUGAGGAUCUGCUUCUAUGCCUUUAACCUGGUGUGUCUCUCCUUGUGUCCUGUGCCUUAG